AACCACUCCUCUCUCUCUGCUUUUCCAAUCCCCCCUUCCCAAUUAUAUUUUAUCUAUAUAUACACAAAGCCUUGCGCUUCAUACAUGGAAAGAAUACUUAAGCAAACCACUCUUCCCACACAUAUUUAUUUUUGAUCUUCUGACCAGGGAGAAAAGAAAGGAGCGCAAAUGGGGAGAGGAAGGGUUCAGUUGAAGCGGAUCGAGAACAAGAUCAGUCGGCAAGUAACUUUCUCCAAGAGAAGAUCUGGCCUGCUGAAGAAAGCUCAUGAGAUUUCUGUGCUGUGCGAUGCUGAGGUAGCUUUGAUCGUCUUCUCUACUAAAGGGAAGCUCUUCGAGUACUCCAGUGAUUCCAGCAUGGAAAGGAUCCUUGAACGAUAUGAAAGAUAUUCACUUUCGGAGAGACAGCUUCUCUCAACAGAUCCUGACCCACAGGGAAACUGGUCGAUGGAUUACCCUAAACUCACUGCUAGGAUUGAAGUUUUACAAAGGAACCUGAGGCACUUUGUGGGAGAAGAUCUGGAUCCCUUAAGUCUGAGAGAGCUACAAAAUUUGGAGCAACAGCUUGAUACAGCUCUUAAGCGCAUCAGAACAAGAAAGAACCAGCUUAUGCAUGAAUCGAUUUCGGAGCUUCAGAAGAAGGAGAAAUCACUGGUGGAGCAAAACAACGCAUUAGCAAAGAAGGUGAAGGAGAAGGAGAAGGUCGAACAGAAUAAUCGUGCACAAUGGGAGCAGCAAAACAACAUAGGCCAAAACUCAUCUGCCUAUGUGGUGCCACCACCCCCACUACAGCUCCCUUCACUCACCAUUGGUGGUAGUUUUGUGGGGAGAGCUGUAGAGGAAGACGGAGCUGAAGCUCGACCUAGUCCCAAUACCCUCAUGCCACCAUGGAUGCUGCGCCACGUCAAUGAAUAAAGGGUGGAGAUCAUUUCCAGGUGAGAAUUUUUUACGCGACGGAGUUACACAUGUGAGACAUGUCAGCCAAGUCUUUAAUGCCCCAGAUAAAUCCAAUUGUAAAAUCCUGAAUUAUGGUGAUAAAUCACUGCACCACCAUAAGUUAAUGAUUUCAAUGUAUUUUGGCACAUGUGCCUUCUUCAAGAUGGCCUUUGCCUUUGUUUG